CGGAGUUAUUCCAAAGAAAAUAAAUACCCUGAGGAAAAGAAACACUUGCAUAAACUUGUCCAUCAAAGGAGAUAACCCCGGAUGCAUGAGCUUAUAUGACUCAGUUUGAACGGGAAAAUAACUUAGGGCUACUAGUUUCCCCCAAGAUAUUUUAAACAUAGCCUGACAUUGAAAUCUUGACUCAUUUCAUAUCCUGGGUCCCGUCCAGUCACCUCCGCCAGCAGGACGGCACGGAAUUGACGCCUCCGACCGCAUGGAGAACAAGUUGUGCGUCUUGCGCAGCUCGAUGCCAUGGAGCGGACCCUGGAAUAAUUCAGAGGAGAAGACACUACCUCUUCCUCUGUCGAGAUGUAAAACAAGCGAAACCUCAGUCAAGCUGUGUCUCGCUGCGGACAAACUCUCAAAGGGAACUCCCCCGCCGUGUAGUUUCUCUGCUGACGCACUGGCAGCAGCAUCCGUGAACAUGGCUCUGCCUUCCACUAAAGCCCUCUACAUCGGGAUGGAGGUGGUGAUAGCCUUGUCGUCGGUCAUCGGUAACGUGAUGGUGGUCUGGGCUGUGCGUAUUAACCGGUCUCUGAGAGACACCACGUUUUGUUUCAUCGUCUCCCUGGCCUUGGCUGACAUUGCAGUCGGGGCUCUUGUCAUCCCCCUCGCCAUAACCAUCAGCAUCGGACUCCAGACGCACUUCUACAGUUGCUUGCUGGUCGCCUGCACAGUGCUCGUCCUCACUCAAAGUUCAAUACUGGCGCUCCUGGCCAUCGCUAUCGACCGGUAUUUGAGAGUCAAAAUACCCAUGAGCUACAAGCGGGUGGUGACUCCUCGUCGAGCUGGCACGGCCGUGUUACUGUGUUGGCUGGUGUCCAUCAUAGUGGGCCUCACACCCAUGUUGGGUUGGAAUAACCUGCAGUUUCUCCGUGACAAUGGCUCCCUGCUCACUGAUGACCUCCUGGUGAAAUGUGAGUUUGAGACGGUAAUCAGCAUGGACUACAUGGUCUACUUCAACUUCUUUGGCUGGGUGCUGCCGCCUUUGCUCCUCAUGCUCGCCAUUUACAUCGAGAUUUUUUACAUGAUCCACAAGCAACUCAACAAGAAGGUGACAGCUAGCCACACAGACCCUAGCCGUUACUUUGGGAAGGAGCUGAAGCUAGCCAAGUCGCUCGCACUCGUUUUGUUCCUCUUUGCAGUCAGCUGGCUCCCUCUUCACAUCCUCAACUGCAUCACCCUUUUUUGCCCAGCCUGUGAUAAACCCAUGUACUUCAUUUACAUCGCAAUCAUCCUCACCCAUGGCAACUCAGCGGUCAACCCCAUCGUGUACGCUUUCCGCAUCAAGAAAUUCCGUACAGCAUUCAGGAAAAUCUGGAAACAGUACAUGCUUUGUCAGGAUCCAGUGGGUCGGCUUCCUCAAAGGGGGAGCCAGAGAGGACGGGAGAGAAGGCUGAGGCAGAAUGACGAUGAUGAUGAUGAUGUGUGACCCUUGGCAACUAAUUGGAUUGCUGUGUAACUGUUAGGUUUCACUCCACUGGUUCACACAUGGAAAAUACUUUACUUUCAUGCUCGAGGGAUUACUGGUCAAAAUGACCUCAAUGGUAUCGCAGGAUGUCAGAGGGAUGAAAGAGAUGAGGAAACUCCAUCAUGGACUGACUGAUUACCUCCAUCCAACGAACUCUGAGAGGGCAGGACGUGAAAUCACAGUGGAUACAACAUAAACAUCCUAUAUCAGACUUUAAAUUAAACAAGGCUGAUUGUUUAUUUGUCCACUGGUUGUCAUGAGGUGAUGUUGAAUGAGACAAGGGGCUUCAACACCAACCUGUUGAACUUGAAUCAGUAAGGCUAUAUCUGUAGCAUAUGCGGUACAAAAGUAGUAUAUACUUAUUGUAUUUUUGACCUAAAUUAAAACUCAUGGCCUUUUAAUGUGAAUAAAUUCAAGUAGUUAAGUGUUGUACUGUGCAAUACAUUUUCUCAUAUAGAUCUGUGGCCUUAAGGACAGAACAUGUUAUAAAGAAGAACUAAGGUAUUGAAGGAAUCUGGUAAACCACAAGUGGGCAAAAAUGAAGUUUGCAUAACCAGCUUCCUGCUUUGGGGUUAGAACAGGGCACAAGAUGUACUGUAUGUUGGCUGCAAAGAUGGGAAGAAAUAUAAACAUGAGCUUCUUAAAAAUUCAACCCAGGAAGUUCUUUGUGAUGAAUGCCUGGUUUGAAUGUUGGUUGCAAAAUAACUCAUUAUCCUCAUCGCCCCAUACAGAUGUGCCCAUGUGAAGGAUAUGAUUUUUGACACAUGGAACAUUUGAUUGAAAGAAUUAGCAAACUAAUACCAGCUAAUAGGGGUAGUUUAAAAUAGCAUCCAUGCUAGAAGGAAACUAACUUGAGGCUUCUCUUUAAAUAUGAUCUGAAAUGGACAAGGGCAAAAAAGAGUGAUCCCACCUAUUAUUAACUAAAUAACUGUAGCUGCAUGAUGGAGAGUCUAAGGAUUACUGGAGCUCCUCCAUCCACUGAGCUUCAUUUUAUGAGGGUGAUAUUCAUUUUAACCCUAAUAUGUACCUCUACUGCACAUGUAUCACCAGACCCUUUCCACUACAAGCAGGUGUUUCCUUUUUUCACCUUUUCCCCAAUUAUUUGUGACCAAGUUGGUGUGCCAAUAUAGCAUCAUAAGCUGACAUGUGUAGCCCUUUAAUAUGAAUGAGAUUUGACUUGAAGAUACAUUGGACUUUUAGACCAACGGAGACAGGAGAGUAAUCAAUAAAUGUAACAGCAUAUGGUGAGCCCUGAUUUAAAUUCACAAUGUGCUACAGGCAUUACUGUACAAUGACAGAAAUAGCAUCCAACUUUCUCACUGUGCUCGUCUGUAUCAAGGCUAAAGCCAUCAGUGCUGGAAGGCCAUUUUUUGUUCACAAACAUUGAUCUUCUGUCACUCAGCUGCACAUGUGUGAAUCAGCGGGAAGGUUAUGAGGGUGAGCAGGCAAGGUGGGAUAGGGUGAAAGGAUCACUCUGUUUACAAGGGACCUAGAAGGCAAGUGUGCAGCUGAGGAACUCAUUAAGAGUUUAUGUCUCUGCAGGGGUCAACAUCUAGGUCAAUGUGAUGCUUUCCAAUCAAAUAAACAGGCCUGUAAAUAUGAACCUGUUAGCUGUCACUGUGUGUAGCAACAUACACUGCGCACACACCCACACUAUGUUUUUGACAAGUAUACUCAACUGUAUAACUAAUGCUGCUUUUGUAAACUUGAUUGUUUUCUCCAUUAUGUAUAAUGCUUUUGAAGCCACUUUGUGUAGAAGUUGAAAUGAUACAAGAUAAGAUAUUAAAGCAUCUUUAAAAUGAUUUUUCUUUUUACAAAAAUACAGACAAUCCAGAAGAAAAAGGUGUUUCUUUGAGCCCAUUCAUCAAACAAUGGUUGGGGGAUUGGGUUAUACGUUUCCAACACAUUGUCUUUUUUGAAGCAACCGCUUUUAGUAUUUUAAUACUACACAUAGUGGCUUUAAGUCUCGAUCUGUUAACUUUGACUGGACCAGUGUGAUAAAUUAAACAUCAUUUGUGCAAUAUUCUCUGAUAUAAAUUAACAAUGUCAAAAGGAAUUAUACUAUUCAUGUAGAUACUGUUAUUCAGAAACAGUUGCCAGAGUUUCAGAUAGUUCUAACAAGGUGAUUAUGUGAGUCUAUAGAUGGGCUAAAAACAAUGAAAGUGAACAUUCAUUUUGGCUGAUUGUAAACAUGUUGUCAAUACAGUUAUGAAAACUUCUGUGAUGUGGGAAAAUACACAAACUAAAGUAGAUUUCAUCAUUGUCGCCGAUUCAUCAUUGGGUAACAAGAUUUGUCAAGAACUUCUGAAAUUCGACAGAAAUACUUGAACCACUCUGGUUUUCUGUUUAUUGCUCAACAUCACGCAUUACACGUGUCUUCUGACCACUCAAACUGUGUGCUGUGAAGUCAUUUGGGUACAGUCAAGACUGCGCUGGUGAGGUUCAGGUAUGUUUGUUAAUGGCAAUUAAUUGAAACUUUAUUGUAUGAACAGUUCUAGGCCUAUUAAUCUUACCCAGGAAUUGCUGAAUGUGUAUACUUAGUUGUUUUGCCAUGUAUAAAUGUACUUGAGGGAUCUGGGUUGUGGUACUUUUAAAUGGAAAUAUCCACCCGUUAAGAGUGAAUGGAUUGCGGCUCUUUCUGGGGUCAAACAUUACUUACCCUGUAAAAUGUUUAGCUGUGGAUCUGCCUGCCAGCUGCUUUCAUACCUUGUGGCUUUCUUGGCACAGAACUCCCCCACCAUGUCUCAGGGUUAGUGUGGAGUCGAUGCAGAUCGCCAAACAGCAGCACAGGGAAGUUGGACCACUUGACUUUGGGAGUGGUCGCGAAUAUCCACUACAGCAAUGCAAUAAAUCAGAUGUACACACACCAAGCCAAUGGACUUCCAAUUAAUUGUUCAGGGAAGAAAGCAUUGGGAGUGUGUUGUGUCAAGACUGUCAGCAAGAAUUUCUGACAUAUUCACAAGCACCCCUUAACUUUCAACCUUUCACACAGAGGUGACAACUUAGUCAGAAGCCUUGACGUGCCAGUGUGAACUGCAGCGACAGAAAAGCAGGCUCUGUGAUCACAACGCGAGAAACUGUAUUCAACAAUAGAUCCAGGUUUGUUGUUUAUGUUUUCGCUGUAAGUCACAAAAUCCUCUUUGAUCAAUGUAAUGCAAUGGCUGGCUUAAAUACAUGGAUGUCAUCUUUACCACUGACAUCUAGAGAUUGAAAAUGGUCAGUACUGUCCUCUGCUGGUUGCUGCUCAGCCGUGAAACCACAUAUGAGGCAAAACGGAAUGGAGACUUUUUUCAUGUUUAAAAAAAAGAACAUUUAUAAACAUAAUAGUUCAGGUCUGUUUACCAGGUUAAGAAUAAAUAAAUGAUCACUAACACCUUAUCUAAUCUUAUCUGUGUAACUAUGAUGAAGACAUGUGUUGUAGUCUUGUUUGUGUAAUUGAACCUGUCAUAUUAUUUGUAAUGGUAUAGUGCAAAUGUAAUUGUCAGUGUAAGGUAAAGUACUUGCAGUUAUUUCAUCAUAGUACUGUACAGUACACUCAUUACAUUUUACUUUUUGAAAAACGGCAAAAAAAAGCUUAAUUUCAAAUCAUUUUCCUUUUUUUUAUUCAAACAAUUACAAGAGGGGCCCUUUUAACCAGGUUUUAAACACGCUGUGCAGAACAACUAAGCAUUGUAGAAAAACAUCGAAUGAAAGAUUGGUGUACUUGGAAUUACCAAACCAACAUAUAUUGUUAACUUGUAGCUAAGAUAUCAAGUUUCUAAAUAUACUAAACUGUUCCCACUGUAAACAAGUAUGUUUAGGAUGACAUUUGAGAUUGGAAAUGUCAUUGUAAAUCUUUUAACUCAAUCUAAAAAUUGCAACGUUUACGGCAUAAGCCAAGUACAAACAUGUGCUUAAAACAUUCAGCAGAUUUUUUU